AUGGCCACCGAGGCCUCCAUCGCUCUCACUAACCGCUCUCUCCGUACCAUCCGUACCGAACUUGAAUUCCUCUGCGAUACCAAUGUCAUCUCCUCGGAACAGCUUUCAUCAAUCCUAGCACAAUUACCCGCACAGACACCGCUCCAUGCUCCUUUACACGGCCAAGCCAAUGGCGCAACAAACACACCCGUCGACCAGUUCUCAAACAUGACCCUCAAGGAAGGUUAUGUUCCUGUGCCAACGCCUGCCCCAUUACCACCUCCAGCCUACGUGCCGCCUCCCAUACUCGCUAUUGCGUCUGCUCUGUAUGCCUAUUCACCUACGGACACGGGAGAUUUAGCGCUACAGCAAGGGGAUAGGAUACAAGUAUUAGAACACAUGAACAAUGACUGGUGGAGAGGUCGAAACGAAAGGACCAACUUGGAAGGUAUCUUCCCUCGAAGUUAUGUCAAUGUCAUCGAGGACCGACGGCCGCCCAUGAUACACUCCUCAUCAACAGACUAUGGCAACAUGCCACUCCAAGUCAGCCAAACUGGCUCCAGCAUGAACCCGGAUGGCCGGAAGUACAGCAAGCUGGAAGAGCAAGGCAAGAAGUUCGGCAAGAAGAUGGGCAAUGCCGCCAUUUUCGGCGCUGGUGCUACGAUUGGCAGCAACAUCGUCAACGGCAUAUUCUAA